GCACCGGGGCCCUGCCCGAUCGCUCAGCGCUGGCCCCGCAGGCUGGGGAUCCCGGCAGGCCUCAGUCCGCCCGCCCGCAGAGGGCGCUGUGAGUCCGCCGGGCCUCGCCGCGCCCCUUCCGCCGCCGGCACCACCGCGCAGGCGGAUCCCUCCGGCAGCCCAGGGUGAGGCAGCAUGGGGAAGAGCUGCAAGGUGGUCGUGUGCGGCCAGGCCUCUGUUGGGAAAACCUCGAUCCUGGAGCAGCUCCUGUACGGGAACCAUGUGGUUGGCUCCGAGAUGAUUGAGACACAGGAGGACAUUUACGUGGGCUCCAUUGAGACAGACCGGGGGGUGCGUGAGCAGGUGCGCUUCUACGACACGCGGGGCCUGCGGGAUGGCCUGGAGCUUCCCAAGCACUGCUUCUCCUGCACGGAUGGCUACGUGCUGGUCUAUAGCACUGACAGCAAGGAGUCCUUCAAGCGAGUGGAGCUCCUCAAGAAGGAGAUUGACAAGUCCAAAGACAAGAAAGAGGUCACCAUCGUGGUUUUGGGCAACAAGUGUGACUUGCAGGAGCAGCGCCGGGUGGACCAUGACGCAGCCCAGCACUGGGCCAAGGGCGAGAAGGUGAAGCUGUGGGAGGUGUCUGUGGCUGACCGGCAUACGCUGAUCGAGCCGUUCAUCUACCUGGCCAGUAAAAUGACACAGCCACAAAGCAAGUCUGCUUUUCCCCUGAGUCGCAAGAACAAGGGCAGCGGAUCCAUGGAUGGCUGAGCCUUGUUUUCCCUUCCACUGCCACCUCCCCUCCCUCACCUCCCUACUUCCCUUGCACAUACCUCCUGCCAAGCCUGUUGGGUGUCACGGAGCCUGCGGGAAGCAUGGUGGCACAAGGAAUGGGCGUCCCAGGGCUGGGGCUGCUCUUUGAGGAUGAGAGAGGUGAGCCAUCUCCCUGCACUGGGACAGGGACUGCUCUUUUCACUGCCCAGCCCCUGCAGAUGCUGGAGGUGCUACAGGAAAGCCAGGAUCCCCCACGAAUCCCUCCGCUCUCCAGGCACAGGCUAGCAGGCCGGCGGGCCUGCUGGAGAGGAGGCACAGUGGGGCUGGCCAGCAGGUGGGGAUCAGCUCCAUGGCCAAGCACAGCCGGGCCAGAGGAAACAAUUCCCUCACUCUUGAGCUGCUCCAGUUUUACGUUUACUGAUACCAUGUCAGAAGAGCCCAUUUGCUGGCCCUGCCUCCAGCUCAGCCGCUGUCAGAGCAGCUCUCCCUUGUCCUACCCCAGCUGGCUCUGCGGUGCUGCAGCAGAGUUCCUGGCAGAUUGCCCCUUACCUGCAGUGCCUACUGCUCCUUUAUGUGCAGGAGUAUUCAGUUGUCCUGCCCUAGUAAAUAUAUAGUGCAGGGCAAGGUGCUGUUUUUGAGGGCAGGGUGCCCAUCCACCACACUGCAGCCCUCCUCUUCCUCAGUGCAGACUCAAUCAUGACCUUGGAGAAGCUGGCACUGUGCUUAGCCUGCACGCCCCGAUGCUUAGGGCUCUGGCAGCUCUCGCUGCCCAUCUGUCACGGUGCUGACUCUCCUCUCAGAACCGCCACAAGACAAGGGAAAGGUGUCCCCGCACUGCCCAGCAACAUGUGUUCCCGUCAGCUAGUCUGGAUCUAGGGGGAGAAAAAAAAAAAAAGACAAGAAA